AGGGGGGGAGGGGGGAGGGAUGAUUUUCCGCCUCCGGCAGUCUACCGUCUUAAAGGCGUUUCGUACUUCCCUUUAAGGCGGCAGUGCCGCCCCCACUUAGUCUCUUCCAAGAUGGCGGACCUACUGGGCUCUAUCCUGAGCUCGAUGGAGAAGCCGCCCAGCGUCGGUGACCAGGAGACCCGCCGCAAAGCCCGAGAACAGGCUGCUUGCCUGAAGAAACUGCAGGAGCAGGAGAAGCGUCAGAAAGUGGAAUUUCGAAAGCGGAUGGAGAAAGAGGUGUCAGAUUUCAUCCAGGACAGUGGUCAGACCAAGAGAAAGUUCCAGCCCAUGAACAAGAUUGAGAGGAGUAUAUUACAUGAUGUUGUGGAAGUGGCUGGCCUAACAUCUUUCUCCUUUGGGGAGGAUGACGAAUGUCGAUACGUCAUGAUCUUCAAGAAGGAGUUUGCACCCUCUGAUGAAGAGCUUGACUCAUACCGCCGUGGGGAGGAGUGGGAUCCCCAGCAGGCAGAGGAGAAACGGAGACUUAAGGAGUUAGCCCAGUGGCAAGAGGAAGAAGCUGCCCAGCAGGGCCCUGCUGUUGUGAGCCCUGUGAGUGACUACAAGGACAAAUACAGUCACCUCAUUGGGAAAGGGGCAGCCAAGGAUGCCGCCCACAUGCUACAGGCCAACAAGACCUAUGGCUGUGUUCCAGUAGCCAAUAAGAGGGACACACGCUCCAUUGAGGAGGCCAUGAAUGAGAUCCGUGCCAAGAAACGCCUUCGCCAGAGUGGAGAGGAAGGGACUCCCAGCUCCUAGGUUCUUUGUUUUUCUAUCCCCUCCCCUUAUGACCGCCCUGUGGCUUUGAAAAGGGGGAAUGGGGCCAUGGGUGAAGUUUCAGGCACUACAAUACCACCUUGUCUUGACUUCUGAUGACCAUACCAGGGGCUGACCUCUGACCUCCCAAUGGAACCAUUGGGAUGGAGAGAUUGGUAUGGAGGCUGUCCUGUGGUGAUCUGGUCUGAGUGGUUUUAGAUUUUUUAAAUGUUGGUUAUAUGGGGUAGUUGAGUGAAUCUCCUUCCAAUUUCCCUCAAAAGAUGUGUGACAGAAUGUAAGAGUGAAUAUUUAAUCUAUAUUAUCCUCCCUUUUCCUGGGAGUGUUUCUCUUCCCUCAAGGCUAAGGUAACUUUAUGCUCAAUAAACACCGUUUGAGCCCAUGUGCUAGUUUGUGCAUGGGGCAAACCAGAUAUCUGAA